UGACUCACAACGCGCAGAGCUGGGAGAGAAGGGAAGAAGGUCGUCUGUUUCGCUACAAUAAAUUAAAGCAUUAUCUUAAAUAAUUUAUUACUUUAGUUAAUUACUUUUUAAAACAAAACUCUGCAUGUUUUAAGUAAAAUAUGCUACRACUGUGAACCUUUCGGGCUGUUAAGAGAACGGACGGAGUGACUUAAUCAUUGCAUAAAAGCUUCCGAGGGGUAACUUUUCCCCCAGAUAAUUUGGAUUUUUACGCUUUCUSUUAUUUUUGUUUAACUCGGACAUGUGUCCUUCACGGUCCAUAUUGCUGGUGGGAGAGGGGAACUUCUCGUUUUCCUCCUCGGUGUGUAAGUUGGAAUCAGGGAGCAGCAUCACGGCCACUUGUCCGCAACGUCAGGAGGAGGCACUGCGGCACGAAGGAGCAGCCUCCAACAUCCAGACCAUCAAGGACUCAGGAGGAGCUGUGCUGUUUGAGGUGGACUGCACAAAGCUGGAGGAGGUGUCUUCAUUGCAGGGUCGAGUGUUUGACCGGGUGGUUUUUAACUUCCCCCACUGCGGGAGGAAGAGCGGGGUGAAAAAGAACAGAGAGCUCCUCAGAAACUUCUUCCUCAGUUGCGUAAAGGUCCUGGCUGAAGACGGAGAGGUCCACGUCUCCCUUUGUAAUGGACAGGGAGGAACACCGGCGGACCAGCCGAGGCGUGAGUGGCACAACAGCUGGCAGGUGGUCGCCAUGGCAGCUGAAGCUCAUCUAAUCCUCAGCGCCGUCCGUCCUUUUGAAAGCGAGAACUAUCAAAGCUACAAGUGCACCGGAUACAGGAGCCAGGAUAAGGGCUUUCACGUGGAGAAAGCUUUGCUCCAUGUGUUUGCUCGCAGCGCCCCCUACACUUCUGUUUCCAUACUUCACAUGGAGGAGGUUAUAGAAGGGGAGAAGGUCCAGUACUACAUACCAGCCGAGCUCAGCGAUCAUGUGUUCAGGAGGUUCCUCUGCUCAGAUUCUGUCCAUCCCGUUAAGUUGGUACAAGAUUUCCUUCUCACGGGACUGGCGGAUGACUAUUCAGUCUCCAUGAGGACAGAGUCCGUUCCCUACCUCAUUGCAGCCAAAACGCUCCAACUGUGCUGCCACGGCGUUGAUAACUCACAGUGCUACUGGAUCCACCUGCUUCAGAGAGACCUCACCUCUCACUCUGAAGAACAAGAUCCAGGAUGCUCAAAAAGCGCGGACACAAGGGAUGCUUCAGGUAAAGAGACCAGAUUAAGGAGUAAAGGAGCUGAGAGUUUACGACCUGCGUUCUCUCCUGAUGUGAAUCCUGAAGUAGAAAGUGGUCUUUACUUACUGCGUCCAUCGCUGCUCCCUCAGUUGGAGGAGUUUCUAACUAAAAAGGAAGAGAUAACUAACAAUAAACGGCCUCAUGGGGUAAAUGAGAAGGAUGGGGCCCAUGAGGGUUGUAAUGGUACUGGCAGCUUGUUCUGUGGCAUUAGUGGAGUGGUUUUCAGGAGUGCUCCCAUCAGCUUGUGGGCUCUGCCUGCCUUUCAUGAACUUCUCCUCAGAGGUGUUUUUCCUUCAGGAAGUGACACAAUGAAAUUGCUGGGACAUAAGCUUGAAAAACUGCUCUCUCCAUACGGCGUCGCCGUAGUGAAAGAGAAGGGAGGCCUGCAUCUAAUGGCACAGCCGAUGGGUUUGGUGGGUAAAGUGUUUUCAAGCAGCGCAGCCGACACCAUCACCGUGUCUCUAAACCUGGACCUGCUCGCCGUUCUGUUGUUUUCGCUCCCCGACUGGCGGUUGCUCUGGUCCCACGACUCGCGUUUCACAAAACAGUUUUCCCGCCUCCCGCUACCCGGGACACCCAUCCGCCCCUUGUCGCUCUUCCCCGAGCCCCUCAGCUUCGACGUCAGCUUCUGGACGGGCCCGACGUGGGAGGAGAAGCUGUUCCACGCCGCGGUCCGGGAGGCCAGCCUCGGCACCGUGGAGCAGGUUAAACUCAUCGACACGUUCUCGCACCCGGACCUGAGCCAGACCAGCUUCUGCUACAGACUCACCUACCGCUCGCACACACACGCCAUGUCACACACACAAGCGCUGAAACUCCACAAACAGCUGGAGCUUUUACUCUCCUCUCGGCUGCAGGCCACCAUCAGGUAUGAAAAAAAAUUAGCCGAAAAUGACCGAACGAACGAAGCGCGACUCGGCUCCCGGCAGCAAUAUUUAGUAAACAUGGCGGCCAAGGCGCUUCGGCAGCGAACCAGGCGAGGCAGCAGACAAGAUGCGAACAACGUGAACACCCCCGCCGAAGCCCGUCCAGCUAAAGAGGAGAAAGUCAGUGAGGACAGUAAAACCACAGAUACUCGACAAGAGUCAAUAAGUCGUGGAGGGCAGGUGUGGGCUCCAGAGGGUUCAACAGCAUUUAAAUGCCUUCUCUCUGCGCGAUUCUGUGCAGCUUUGCUCAGCAACAUCUCAGACUGCGACGAGACGUUUAACUACUGGGAGCCUAUGCACUUUCUUUUGUAUGGCACAGGAAUGCAAACGUGGGAGUAUUCUCCAUUGUACGCCAUCAGAUCCUACGCUUAUUUAUGGUUACACGCUCUGCCUGCUUGUCUCCAUGCCCAUGUUCUGCAGACGAACAAGGUGUUGGUGUUCUACUUUGUACGAUGCGUCUUGGCGUUCUGUUGCUGUGUCUGUGAACUCUAUUUCUACAAGGCAGUUUGUAAGAAGUUUGGUUUGCACGUGGGCCGUCUGAUGCUGGCGUUCCUCGUCUUGAGCACGGGAAUGUUCUGCUCAUCUGCAGCUUUUCUGCCUUCAUCUUUCUGUAUGUACACAACACUGGUUGCCAUGACGGGAUGGUUUCAGGACUCAACACCGUUAGCCGUUAUGGGCGUAGCUGCAGGUGCAAUCGUCGGGUGGCCGUUUUCUGUCCUUACUGGGAUUCCGAUUGCGUUCGACCUGCUGGUGAUAAAGAAGGAGUGGAAGAGUUUCAUGAUCUGGUCAGCYGCCUCUCUUCUGCUGCUGCUGGUCCCCCUGGUGGCAGUAGACUCGUUCUUUUAUGGAAAACCAGUGAUCACUCCACUCAAUAUUCUCCUCUACAACGUCUUUACACCACAUGGACCUGAUUUGUAUGGUACGGAGCCGUGGCACUUUUAUUUUGUUAACGGAGUCCUGAACUUCAACCUGGUGUUUGUGCUGGCGCUCUUCUCCCUGCCCCUCACUGCUCUCAUGGAGACACUGUUACACAGGUUUAACGUGCAGAACCUUGGCCGUCCGUACUGGCUGACUCUGUCUCCCAUGUACCUGUGGAUGUUGGUUUUCUUCACUCGACCUCACAAAGAAGAACGUUUCCUCUUUCCCAUCUACCCACUCAUCUGCCUCAGCGGGGCCGUGGCGCUCUCCUCUCUGCAGAAAUGCUACCACUUCCUGUUCCAGCGUUACCGGCUGGAGCACUACACCAUCUCGUCCAACUGGUUGGCUUUGAGCGCCGUUGCGGUCUUUGCGGUGUUGUCUCUGUCUCGCUCCGUCGCCCUCUUCAGAGGCUACCACGCUCCUCUAGACRUGUACCCAGAGUUUCACCGCAUCGCCAAAGAUCCCGCUCUGCACUCAGUCCCUGACGGCAGACCGGUCAGCGUGUGUGUCGGCAAAGAGUGGUACCGCUUCCCGAGCAGCUUCCUCCUGCCACACAAUUGGCAGCUGCAGUUCAUUCAGUCGGAGUUUAAGGGCCAGCUUCCUCAGCCGUUUGCCUCAGGACCUCUGGCCACACAGAUCAUCCCGGCUCAUAUGAACGACCAGAACCUGGAGGAGCCAACCAGAUAUGUAGAUGUAAAACAUUGCCACUACCUGGUGGACCUCGAGACGGACGAGGAGACGCCACUUGAGCCGCGCUACUCAGCUAACAAAGAGGACUGGAGCGUCAUCGCCUUUAAGCCUUUCCUUCAAACAUCAAGAUCCUCUCCUCUCUUCAGAGCYUUCUACGUCCCGUUUUUAUCAGACCAUCACACCACCUACAGGCGGUACGUAAUCUUAAAACCGAGGAGGCAAAAGCUGCCUCGUAAGCGGACCCACGGCUGAUGUUUGAACUCCAACCUUCUCCUCCCUUGCCAACAAAAAAAAAAUAAUAAUAAUCUGAAUCCUUAACAAAAGGAGUGGAUCACAUUAAACUGCUGGUAUUUGUGUGUCAGCCUGCAUGUGAAGAAAUCUCUAAAGGACGAUAUGUCUGCUUCUGGGGGCUGUGUUCAUGAGAAGAGAAAAUGUGUGAUUGGUAUUCAUCAGCUGGGUGUUUUUAUUUCUUUGUUAGUUUCUUUUUUUUACUUUUUGUGUAAAUGAUGUCUUAAAAAGGCCCACUACAGGAGUUUACUCUAAUUUAACCUUUAAAAGGCAGACACUCACAAAUCCAAGUGUUUUCUUUUUAUGUCGUACUUUAAAUCUAGGCCUAAAUGGAGGAAUUCCUUUAAUUUGAUCAAAGGGGUCCUGUAAGGUCCAGGCAUGAAUGAGGGGUGAAUGAGAAAGAAAGUGACUAAUUUAACUUGAAAUGUGAAUAAAAACAUGAUUGACUGCCAUAA